CGGGUGGGAUCCUCUGCGGAAACCUGGCCGCUGCCUCGCGCGGCUGCGCCGGGCCCCGCGGCGGCCCUCGCUGCCGCCCGGCCUCCGCUGUGACACAGGAUAUAAAAUAAUGAUAACGGGGCAGCCAUUUCCCUGAAGUUCAGGUUUUCAGGCUCACUGCCAUUAUGGAUGAGCAGCAAGCUUUGAAUUCAAUCAUGCAGGAUUUGGCUGUGCUUCAUAAGGCCAGUCGUCCUGUAUUGCCCCAGCAAGAAUCAGGAAAACCAAAGUCAUCUUCACCUAAAAAACAGAAUGAUGUUAGAGUCAAAUUUGAACAUCGAGGUGAAAAAAGAAUCCUGCAAUUUUCCAGACCUGUCAAGCUGGAAGAUCUUGCAGCUAAAGCUAAAGUUGCUUUUGGACAGACUAUGGAUUUGCAUUACAGCAAUAAUGAGCUGGUGAUUCCGUUAACCACACAGGAUGAUCUAGACAAAGCUGUUGAACUGCUUGACCGUAGUGUUCACAUGAAGAGUCUCAAGAUACUGCUUGUAAUACAUGGAAAUACACAGGCACCCAAUGUAAAUAAUGUGGAACCCUUGCCCUCAUUGGAAGAUUUAGAUAACACAGUGUUUGGUGUGACAGAAAGAAAAAGACGACUUUCUGUAAUAGGCUCUAAUACUCGCGAUAGGAGUUCACCUCCCCCAGGAUACAUUCCAGAUGAGCUGCAUCAGGUGGCCCGAAAUGGGUCCUUUACCAGUAUCAACAGUGAGGGUGAAUUCAUUCCAGAAAGUAUGGAUCAGAUGCUGGAUCCGUUGUCUUUGAGUAGUCCUGAAAAUUCUGGUUCAGGAAGCUGUCCCUCACUUGACAGCCCUUUAGAUGGAGACAAUUACCCCAAAUCUCGGAUGCCGAGAGCACAGAGCUAUCCAGAUAAUCAUCAGGAGUUCUCAGUAGAGUAUGAUAUCCCAAUAUUUGAGAAAUUUGGAAAGGGUGGGACUUAUCCCCGAAGAUAUCAUAUUUCAUACCAUCAACAAGACUACAACGAUGGUCGUAAAACUUUUCCAAGAGCCAGGAGGACUCAGGGAAACAGCUUCCGAUCACCAGUUAGUUUCAGUCCCACUGAUCACUCACUGAGCACAAGUAGCGGGAGCAGUGUCUUUACACCAGAAUAUGAAGAUAACAGAAUGAGGAGAAGGGGAAGCGAUAUAGACAAUCCUACCUUGUCAGUCAUGGACAUCAGCCCACCCAGUCGCUCACCACGAGCUCCAACUAACUGGAGACUUGGUAAACUGCUGGGUCAAGGUGCAUUUGGCAGAGUAUACCUGUGCUACGAUGCUGAUACUGGAAGAGAACUUGCUGUUAAACAAGUUCAGUUUGAUCCUGAUAGUCCAGAAACCAGCAAGGAAGUAAAUGCACUUGAAUGUGAGAUUCAGUUGUUGAAAAAUCUGCUUCAUGAAAGAAUUGUUCAGUAUUAUGGCUUCUUAAGAGAUCCACCAGAAAGAACACUCUCUAUAUUCAUGGAAUAUAUGCCUGGGGGUUCUAUCAAAGACCAAUUAAAAUCAUAUGGAGCACUCACAGAGAACGUGACUCGGAAAUACACACGGCAGAUACUGGAAGGAGUUCACUAUUUGCACAGUAACAUGAUUGUCCAUCGAGAUAUUAAAGGAGCAAAUAUUCUGCGAGAUUCAGCAGGCAAUGUGAAGCUAGGUGAUUUUGGUGCAAGCAAACGACUUCAGACUAUCUGUCUCUCUGGUACCGGAAUGAAGUCUGUCACAGGAACUCCAUACUGGAUGAGUCCAGAAGUUAUUAGCGGAGAAGGAUAUGGCAGAAAAGCAGAUAUCUGGAGCGUAGGUUGUACAGUGGUAGAAAUGCUCACUGAGAAGCCCCCUUGGGCAGAGUUCGAAGCAAUGGCUGCCAUCUUUAAAAUUGCCACUCAGCCAACCAACCCCCAGUUACCACCUCAUGUCUCAGACCAUGCUCGGGAUUUCUUGAAACGGAUUUUUAUCGAGGCCAAGUUGCGACCAUUUGCAGAUGAACUGCUGAGACACACGUUUGCACACUAUCACUAACGGCCUGCCUCAACUCAGCUUGCAUCUACUGCAUUUAUUUUCUAUUUGACUGCACUUUUAUUUUUUAUUUUUUACAAAAAGGAGAAAAAAGACAAGAGAGAGAACACAUUCUCUUGAAUCUUUGUUUCACUUAGAUUGUAAACAAUCUAAAUUUUGUAUGUAAAAUGAGAAUAUUCCCACCCCCACUCCCACCAGGACUAGAACUUUUUGUUUUUAUAAUGUACUGAUGUGGUUCAUGUAGAUAAAGCACUUUAGUACAUACUUGUUCCUUAUUUAAAGGGGAAAAAAAAGACAAAUGAUUGGACAGUCAGGGACUGUGUGACUUUUUCUGACACUGCUGACUGACUCAGGGUGCAGGGAAAAACAGAAAUGAGCUAGAGGAGAAGAAGGCUACUUAUCUGUGAUUGUUAUUUGUAUUUUUAAGGUACUUGCUGCAGAGAGUUCUAACUUCUUAUAUUUUAGCAUUUUAAUCAGUUUCUGGAUUUAAAAGUUUAAGCUUAGACCCACAGUUUUGAGUUAGAAGCUGGAAGAACUUGGAACUCUUUGUACAACACUGUUUCUGCCUGGUACUCCUCUGUGACCAAAAGAAAAUAGCAAAACAGAAUUUAACACAAAUUCAGUAAAUAGAGGUUUUGGUAUAGAGCUAUAUUGUCUUAAUAGGAGAAGAUUUACAGGUAGACAGAUUAUGGGCACAGACUCCUAGGAACUACUAUAUUACAAAGUGAAAAUUUCCAGAAUAAACAGAAGAGUCAACUGUUGGAUGUAAAUAGUUGGAGAAUGCCUCCUGCUCUGUCUGCCAAAGAGAAUCCUCUACUGCAUAAGCCUGGAGGAGACAAUUAUUUAAAAAGAAAGGGGGGGGAGGGGAGAAAAAGAAAAAAAAGGCGAUAUGGAGAGAGAAAGAAAGUCUUCCUCUAUGAUUCCAUGAAUAGUUGGGGGGAAUGGUUGUGAGUAAUCCUUGUGCAGAAUAUGAUUCGGAGUGAGCUGUAAGAAAUAGUGUCUUCAAAGCUGCUGAGAGGCACUGGGGUGGAAUAUGUGUCAACCAAGUGCCUGAAAAAUAUAAAAUUCUUCCCAUUAUGCUAAAAUUGUUUUAGUAACAGUUCAGUUAUUUAGGCUGUGUUGAAAAUUUCUGAAAUGAAGCCCAGCAUCUUUUAGCACUAGGAAUAAGUUAAGGAAAAAGAUAGAACUCUGGUUAUAACUUUUCAUAAGGUAAUGAUAAUGAAGUCACCUAAACAAGAAGGCACAGCACAAAAGAUUGUUCAGAGAAUAGGCCAAAAACAUAAAGUGAGCCAGCAGCUAAAUAGCAUGAGCGUGAUUACUCCAGCCUGAAAUCCAGAUGAUCCGUGUUUAUCAGGUUUCCAAACGUCAUAAAACAUAAUCACUUUUUCCAUUUCUGAAAAAAUAUAAAAGAAAGAUAAAAUCUGAAAUAUGGGUCCUCAAUUGAGAAGCCUAGUGUUGAUCAGGUGUAGUUAAUAACUGACUUUUUGCUACAGAAAAGUCAAACUCUCAUAUUUUUGUAGAAGUACACUAUAUAAAUAAGAGAACUGGAACUACUGGACUCCAGAACUGAAAUAAUGCAAACUGUUUUGGAUGAUUUCUUGCUUGCUUUUGUUGUUACGUAAAAGCAGAGCGGGCUGAUCCUGUGAACCUUGUCCCCUCUGACAAGGUUAUGCACUGUAGUCCCCAGGCUCCUAUCUGUUCUGCAUCCUUAGAGGACUAUCAGAAUUCUAAAGAGCAUGGACGUAGAGUAAUAAACUUACCCAUUCUCAUGGCAGUUAACUCAUGAGUUUUCUGAAUUUAUUCUAGGAAUUUCCAAAUCUUCUACCGAGCAUAAGCAGGAGUAUGGAUCUAUUUUUAAUCACUUUACCUGUACCAGAGUAAGAAUGAUUUUCCUUCUGUUUUGAGCCUCCUCUCCUGAGACUGAGCGGUGGCCUUUUUCAGUUUAUGUGAGUGUUUUAUCAAGCAUAUUGUUUUGGUCAGGGUACAUAACUGUGCAGGAUUUUAUAAGCAUGGGAAGAAUUAACCCAACUAGGGAAAACUUAGAAGGCCAAAAUGAAAGUCAACUUAUAUUGACUUAUUUUUUUCUCUGUAACUAGUCAAAAGGUACGAAAGCAGCCUUUAAAGAAAACUUCUAUAUACUCUGCUGUAAAGGACCUUUGCUUUAUAAGCAAAAUUUAGUGGUACCAGGGGAGGGAGGUUUAAUGUAGAGCCUAAUAAUUUAUGUAGCUAACUUAAAGAUUGUGUAAUUGAAAUGACUGAUUUCAAAUAGAUCAAGAAGGUACCAAAACCAAGCUGGAAAUGUAUAUGAAAAAAUCAGCAGUGGACAGUGAUAUCUGAAAAGGUACGGAAACUUCUUAUUAGCAAAACAGAAUAUUAAAGGGAAAUAUAAUCAGGUUUAUCUGUAGCACUCAUAAAAAUUAAAGAUACUAUUCUAAAAAGAAACUGCACUCUGAAACUUGAAGAAUUUCAGAAUCUAGUUUUCUAAUAAAUACUGUGUCCUUUCUGCAAGGCAGUGCUGGCUCAUGUAUAUUGCAAUAUCACUUCCUCAUUGUGAUUUUAAUUAUUGAAAGUAAUUGAAAUUGCUGCUUCUGUGUCUCCUCUAAAAAUGGCAUUCAGUCAUGACAAUGGUAAGUAUUUUGGAACUGGAAAAAGAGAAUUUGCAGAGUGCAUCUUCCUUAAACUUUCUUUGACAUCAGAAAGCUGCUGGUACUUCUUAAAAGAAGAUGGCUUUUGCCAGCUAAGUGAUUCUAGUAAAAUUACAUUAAAUGAAUCAAGAUUAGGCCUGCACUGUUUUUUUCCACCCUAAGCUGACCUAAGAUACUUAGAGCAAAUUUAGGUGGUUAUUAACCAUUUGUUAAUAUUUUGAGCUUAGCAAUAUAUACAAAUUUAAAUGAGACUGUUCUACCAAAAGGUUGGUUACUAUUUAUCCCCUUGCAUGUUGCACUUCAAUGUUGUUAUGUUGGGGUAUUACAGAAAAACAAUCUGUAUUAAAUUAUGAGGUACCUCUGUACAGAGUGUCUGUAAGACGCUUUGUGGACUCCUGGCAUGAUAAUUACCAAACCCUGUCUCUAGAAUUUCAGAGGGUGCAUGGAACUGCAUGCAUAAAAUUCCAGUAGAGAGAAGGAUUGUGGAUUUGAGAUUCCUGAUGACAACUUUUAAUAUCUUACUAAUGAAGAUACCAGCAUUUUAGAAUAGUCAGUUAUGCUUGAGUCCAAUUAUUAGAAAAGACAGGAAAGAAUACUGUUGCAGGGUUAUGUUUUGCUUUUCUGUAAAUGCCAAGAGGAAGCUGUACUCACAGAAAAAGGGUUAAGGUUGAUAGUGAGUACAUGUAUUUUCAAAGGACUUACCUGCUAAUGAAUCUUAUUAUUCUGGCUGUUUAAGUAUUACAUUGAGUAACAAGUUUAACUACCUGUGUACCUCAGGGCAUUGUUUGCUCGUGGCUUUUUGGCACAAAUAGGAUUUUCAUUGCUGUUUCAGCCAAUGUUAUUAAGCUUCUAUGUAUUUUUUUUUUAAUCAGCUUUUUUAUAUGGCUGGAAUGAGGAAAAUUAUGAAUAACUGUUAAUACAAGGUUCACUUGCUGGGAACGUUCACCAAAUGUGUGAGCUUUGAUCCAGCUCAGUCCUGCCUGAGGAGCAGAUUGUUCAUUUUUAAUUUGGGUGAUAAAAAUACCGUUGGAAGUACUGGAAAAAGGUAUGGAUAUAAUUGACUUUUCUUGAUUGAUAAAUCUGUUAUUUUCUCAGUUUUGUCUUAAAAAGUCACUUGAUUUGCAAUUCUUAUUGUAGCUAAGCAGUCUCUUCAGUAUACCAGAAUAAGUUAUUUAACAGCUGUUUUUUAGCUAGUGCCUUUUUAUCUCUAUGCCUUAAUUUUGUUCGUAUUUGAACACUGUAUUGAAAUGCUAUGGCUGUCAUACAAUUCUGUCACCAAAACAGUCUUUAAAUACAUUUUUCAAGCGCCCUUAAAUUCUCUAACUGCUUUGAAAAGUGUUUUAUAUAUCUGCUGUAGACUUUCAAUUUGAGGCUUUUUUUAAAAAUAAUUGAAGUACUUCCCAAGUACUACCUAGGCUGAUACCUUUUUUUUUUUUUUUUUU